GUGGGAUUACCAAACUUGAAAAGCGGAGUACGAGCGAGAGUGAGGAUCCACGGCUAUGGAACUAAUAUAUCUAUUGGGAGAAUUCUGCCUCAUUAAGUGAAGUCUUGGCCAGCAGCAUUGGCAAUGUAUCGUUAAUUAUAUUAAUCUACAACCACCAACAAUAGAUCACACCAUAUAUUCCAGGGAUCAUCACGUUAAAAUGCCCUUUCGUCUUGCUCCAAUAUUGACGGCUGCUGUUAUAUCCACCCCUUUAAGAUUCCGUUUACUAGGAAAUGUGAUCUUCUAUUUAACGGGAAUACCUAGAGACUCUUUCCUAGCAUUUAGAGUCAAAUAUUGCCACUUGAUAGAAUCUGAGCUACCUAGACUUAUUCAUUUCGUCAACGUCCACCUACUAUUCUUUCCUAUACCUAUUAUAUUCACUUUGAUAACUACCUCCUAGCUACUUAAAAGGUAGAUUAGGAGGUAUGUUUUAAAGCAUCCAUUCACAUCCUUCCUUAUGGCAUUGAUUCUUUAAGCUUCAGUGCCAAAAUUGAAGCUAAACUAUGACAGACCUUUCCCCAAACAUAAAAUAGGUUCUUUUAUUGUCUAAACCAUGUGACAACUCAUCCUUGUAUCAUCCUCCAUUAAGAUAAGUAAGCAGAAACUUUGAGCAUAAUCAUCCCUGACCCAGAUUUAGCUGUCAUAUUGCUCAAAGACAAGGAGAGAUUAUAUCCUAUAAAAAUCUAGGAAUUACCUGUUCCUGAAGGUGUCUUACACCUGGGAACAUCAGGGGAUUCUUGAGCAAAUGACUAACUGGGAACCCACGCCUCUCAUCUCUCGUACGGUAUCGGUUUAAGCCUGAGAUAAGUUACAAAGACAUCAAUAUGUCUCAUUCGGCGCUUCAAUGAUGCCACUCAUUGGCGUAAUAUCCCAUCCUCGUUCUAUCUGUGUUGAAAAGGGCUGAUAGUUUAGCCUAGAGAAGGGC